GAGGAGGACUUUGCCGUAGCUGGUGACCGGUUUUCGUGUUUGAGCUGUGUUUUUUGGACUAACUGCUAACUUAAGGUGAACAGGGAGGACAGUCGGUGAUACCGGAGCCUUCACCUGGGAGCGAGAGGAAGGCGCGGCCUGGAGCAUACAGUACAGAGGAAAGAGGGGGAAGGAUGAAACAGGUUAGAUCCAGAGGGUUGGAUCUGAGCAGCCUCGGUUCUCUCUACAGUAGGAUUGCUCAUCCAGAUUCCAGCAGAGAUUUAGCCAGAAGACAUAACCCAGGUCUGCAAACGUCUGAGUCUCCUCUGCAUUAUGGCCAAGGAAAGUGUCGAAUCUGGCCUCACAUGGGAGGUGAGGGCAAACAGCCGCCACUACCACAAACAAAAACAGAAGAAAUCCUUUCUGUGUUUCCGCUGGGGGCAGUACGCAGACAAUGCGGUCCACAGCCACAAGUACUCCGCCCUGACUUUCCUGCCGCUGACGCUGUUUGAACAGUUCCAGCGAGUGGCGAAUCUCUACUUUCUCCUUAUGAUGGUGUUGCAGUGUGUCCCGGUCAUCUCAGCCAUACCUUGGUACAUCUCCUUCAUCCCGCUGCUCAUCAUACUCUCUGUGAGAGGGAUAAAAGACCUUGCCAACGACAUGGCCAGGAGACAGAGUGACUCCAAGAUUAACUCCCAACCCUGUGACGUACUCGUCUCCCAGAGUUUCAGCAGAGCACAGUGGAAGGAUGUGCGUGUGGGAGAUGUGCUGCGAAUCCACAAAGACCAAGUCAUCCCUGCUGACCUUCUCCUCCUGUGUAGCUCCGAACCUCACAGUCUGUGUUAUGUGGAGACAGCAGAUAUCGACGGAGAGACUAACCUCAAGUUCAGGCAGGCGCCCAGUGCUGCACACAAUGAGCUGACCUGUCAGCCCUCAGAGGAGAUGCUUGCUGCCUUUGAUGGUGUCGUGCUCUGUGAGGAGCCCAACAAUCGCCUUUACACCUUCAGAGGCCAGCUGCACUGGAGAGGAGAGUGUCUUCUGCUAGACAACGAGCACAUCCUCCUGAGGGGAACAGUCCUACGCAACACAGAGUUUGCCUACGGCUUGGCCAUAUACACUGGCGCAGACACCAAGAUCCUGAGGAACUGCGGGAAACUGAGAGUGAAGAGGACUCAAACGGAAAAAGUUUUCAACAAAGUGGUGAUCGGGAUCGUCCUGUCCGUGUUGCUGGCUGCUCUGCUCCAUGCCAUCGGCGCUGGCCUGUUUUCGAGUUGGGUCAUGAGCCAUACAGGGGUUCCAUAUGCUCUGGUGGUUAACGGCAAUCCGGUCUACACUGGGUUUCUUGUCUUCUGGAGCUACAUAAUCCUGCUCAGCCCGGCCAUGCCCAUUGCUCUCUACAUCUCGUUUGAGGUGAUCCACACGGUCCACAGCCUGUUUAUUGGCUGGGAUAUGGAGAUGUAUUGGCAGCAGGCAGAAAGACCGGCCCAUGCCAGAAAUACCUCACUGAAUGAGGAGCUGGGCCAAGUGGGAUACCUGCUGAGUGACAAAACUGGGACACUAACCCAGAACCGUCUGCUCUUCAGACAGUGCUGCAUAGCUGGGGAGAUCUAUGGUGAUCCGUCAGUCAGGGCAGAGGAGACCGAGCCCAUGGACUUAAGCUGGAAUCCGUUCUCCCGCGGGGGUCUGUUCAUGUCGGCUCCGAGCCUGGUGGAGAAGCUCAGAGGACAGCAGUGUCCAUUCAGCAGACAGUUCCUCAGAGCGCUGUCUUUAUGUCACACCGUCAUGGCAGAGUGGAAAGAAGAGGCUCCAGUGUACCAAGCUGCGUCCCCAGAUGAGGAAGCUCUUGUUGGUGCGGCUAGGGAGCUGGGCUGGGUCUUUCUCUCUAGGACAAGAGACUUUAUUAUUGUCUCCGAGCUGGGUGUCAUUCGCCAAUAUCAGCUGCUUGCACUGCUGGACUUUACCAGCAAGAGAAGACGCAUGUCUGUACUGGUGCGGGAGCCAGAGGGUGGGUUAAAGCUGUACUGUAAAGGGGCAGACAUAGUGAUCCUGGACAGACUGCAGAAGGACUGUCCAUAUCAGGAAAGGACUGAAAGAGCCCUGGAGUUAUUUGCCCAGGCCUGUCUGAGGACUUUGUGUGUUGCGGUUCGAUCUGUCCCUGAGGCAUCAUGGGAGCAGUGGAGUAAAACAUUGGCCCAGUCUGCUGCCAUGGCGACCUGUGACCGUGACGCACUACUGGAAAAGCUAUAUGAUCAGAUGGAGAGAGAGCUGCAGUUUUUAGGGGUGACAGCGAUAGAGGACCGGCUUCAAGAGGGCGUUCCUGAGACUAUUGCUCUGCUUCAACAGGCCGGGCUUAAAGUAUGGGUCCUUACUGGGGACAAAAAAGAGACUGCAGUGAAUAUUGGAUAUUCUUGCAAGCUACUGGAUCCUGAUACCAGAUUACUGGAAUGGCAGGAGCUAAGACAGAUACUCCAGUCCCCAGACCCAGCGGUCAGUUUCUUCAAGGCCAGACAGACAGCGCUGUGGGCUGUAGACAAGCAGGCGGCUGGAGUAAAGACUGCUGUGGUCCUAACUGGACCUGAGCUGGCAGAGUUUGACCAGAGACCAGAAUGGGGGGCGACGUUCAUGAGCCUGGCGGAACAGUGUCAGUCUGUGCUAUGCUGUCGUGUAACGCCUGGACAGAAGGCUGACAUUGUCACGUUGGUCAGGAAACACACCAGCUCAGUCACCAUGUCCAUCGGGGACGGUGCCAAUGAUGUAAACAUGAUCAAGACGGCUCAUGUUGGUGUGGGACUAGCAGGAGUGGAGGGUGGUCAGGCAGUGCAGACGGCAGACUUUGCAUUGUCCCAGUUCAGAUUCCUGCAGAGGCUGCUGCUGGUCCAUGGGCGCUGGUCCUACAGGCGCAUUUCCCUCUUCUUGCGGUACUUCCUGUUUAAGACCUGCAGCUUUGCUCUUGUUCACAUAUGGUUUGGGUUAUUCAAUGGCUUCAGUGCUCAGUCUCUGUAUGAGACAUGGUUCAUCGCUCUCUACACUGUCCUCUACACAGCGGCCCCGAUUAUGUGUGUGGCCUUCUUUGAACAGGACGUGAAUGCAGACAGCAGCCUGAAAUGGCCAGAGCUGUACAAGUCUGGACCGAGACAGGAGCUCUCCAGCCCUCUCAUGCUGUUCUUAUCACUCCUGUACGCUGUCUACUCAUCGCUUGUUCUCUUCUUCAUCCCGUUUGGAGUCUAUUACAACACAGACUACGACCUCCAGACCAUGGCAGUCACUGUCGCCAUGGCAGCCACCUUCACUGCCACCGUUGAGAUCACGCUACUGACCAGAUACUGGACGAAGUUCAAUGUAGCAUUUGUGUGCAUCUCUGUGGUGUUUUUCUUCAUCUGUAGCAGGAUCACACAAAGCACCCGCCUGUUUGAGAGAUCACCCAGCGACUAUUUCUUUAUCGGUGCGUCUGAAAGGGCCUUCAUCGAUCCACUUGUGUGGCUCGCAGCUCUGUUCACCACCUGGACGGCUGUUCUGCCCUCAGUGACCGCCCUUGCUAUCAAUGUUAUCCUCACCAUGCAUGACAAACACAAGGUCCACAGUGCGUCUCUUCAGCCAGUGGAGCUGAGGUCAAAGUUGAGAAGGGGAACGUCCCUUCGCCGCUCCUCUUACGCCCUCUCUCAGGGAGCUGGGCCUGGACGCCUCAUCACUUCAGGGACCUGCAUCCGCAGCACAGUGCCGACGGUGGAUGAGAAGGUGACUGAAAGUGAAAACUCCACUGACUCACAAGUCCAAAUUCACAUGAAGGACAAUAGCCAUGUACCAAAUGGCACAUGAAUAAUGAUAAUGAUGAAUUUAAGGUUUUAAUAUGAGAAAAUAUUUGAUUAUAUAGAUUGUUACUGCAACAUAGAAUUGAAAAGAAGAUUUGCGUGUUUGCACCUAAAACAUGUUUUUGUGGGCAGUUCUUAGUAGCUAGAGUCUGCACUCAUCUUUUGUAUUGCUACCAUUUUCACACAAUAAAGUACAGCAUAUGAUAUACAAAAUACAAUAUGUACUAUAAAUCUUGUUUAUUGUCUUUACAUGAACUACCUAGGUCCGUGUACUUUUUCGUUCAUUCGAUUUUCAUUUC